GGCCGCGUCCAGAGACCGCAUACUAUCCUACUAACCAGUGUUUCAGCGUUGUGCACUAAGUGAAAGAUGUUAUACUGUAGUAUCGUGCUGUUUAGGAGAGUAGGGUAGUAUGGAAUUUACAGCAUUCCUGUGUACAAAAGGGACGCAGCCGGGGCUGUGUGGCGAAUAUACACAUACACAUCACCAGUAGUGAAGCACUAGUGAGUCCAAACUUUUCAGGACUUUUGGAUUUGGAGGACGCGAUGUGGCGGUGACUGUUACCUGACUCAAAAGAAAAAAAAAAAAAAAAAACACCCAGACAUCUUUCAUUCCAGAGGCGCGCCUUCGGGGAAAUCAGUGCCGACCAUGUCGUGGAGACCUUUCCGGGGAAUUCUGCUGUACUGCAUGGUGUUUUCUCAGCUCCAUGAGACAGUGGAGUCCAGCGCACUCCCCAGUGCCUCGAGAAGUUUGGUCUGGGGCCUGGGACUGGAGGCAGACGCCGUGCUCCCUGCUCGCUACUUCUUCAUCCAGUCCGUCGACAAGGCCGGGAAAAAUUUUACAACCUCACCUGGAGCCAAUACGUUUGAAGUGAAGAUCACAUCCCUAUCAGAACCUUUCUCCAGGAUCUGGGUGCAGGUUUUAGAUCGUCAGGAUGGAUCCUUUCUGGUGCGCUACCGCAUGUAUGCCAGCUACACCGACCUCAGCAUUCAGAUCCUCCUGAAGAAUAAAGAUGUGGCCAAGUCUCCAUACAUCCUCAAAGGUCCAGUGUACCAUGAGUCAUGUAACUGUCCAGAGCCCAGUGGUGCAUUGUGGGAGAAACACAUGCACUGUCCCUCUUCAUUUUCUCAGAUCCAGCAUGAUCUGUCAGUCUUUCCUAAAGUGGACCUGGAACGCAAUGCCCAUGAAAUCCCUCAGCGUUUUGGCCAGAGACAGAGCCUCUGUCACUACACUAUCAAAAAUAACCAGGUGUAUAUUAAAACACACGGCGAGCACGUUGGCUUCAGGAUCUUCAUGGAUGCCUUUCUCCUCUCUCUCACACGGAAAGUUAGGCUUCCAGAUCUAGAGUUCUUUGUAAACUUGGGUGACUGGCCCCUGGAGAAAAGACGAACCACUGAGAAACUCCAUCCCAUCUUUUCUUGGUGUGGGUCCAGUGAUACUCGAGAUAUCGUCAUGCCAACCUAUGACCUCACAGAGUCUAUACUGGAGACCAUGGGAAGAGUUAGUUUGGACAUGAUGUCAGUACAGGCAAACACGGGCCCUGCCUGGAAUGAAAAGAAUAGUACAGCUUUCUGGAGGGGUCGUGACAGCAGGAGAGAGCGUCUAGAACUGGUGAAAUUGGCACGAGCGAACCCUACAUUGCUGGACGCUGCUUUUACAAACUUCUUCUUCUUUAAGCAUGAUGAGAGCCUUUAUGGGCCGCUCGUCAAACACGUUUCCUUCUUUGACUUCUUUAAGUAUAAAUAUCAGAUAAAUAUAGAUGGAACAGUGGCUGCGUAUCGUAUGCCCUACCUUUUGGCUGGAGACAGUGUGGUGUUGAAGCAGAACUCUACAUAUUACGAGCACUUCUAUAGCCAGCUCCAGCCCUGGGUUCACUACAUUCCCAUCAAAGCAGACCUCAGUGACAUCUUGGAAAAAAUACAGUGGGCUAAAGACCAUGAUGAAGAGGCUAGGAAAAUUGCACAGGCUGGCCAACAGUUUGCACGUACCCAUCUGAUGGGUGAAAGUAUAUUCUGUUACUACUUUAAACUCUUCCAGGAGUAUGCAAAGCUGCAGGUAACUGAGCCUAAAAUACGGGAUGGCAUGGAAUUGGUAGAACAGCCCAAAGAUGACCUUUUUCCAUGCUACUGCCAUAGGACCAAGGUUAAAGAUGAGCUUUGAGCAUCGUCUUGCUGCUAUUGCGAAACAGCUGCCUUAUGUGACUCAUCACAUUCUGAUCUCUUUUUUCUUUUUUUAUUGAAACAAGCACCUCAACAAUUUAAGUGCUUCGUCAAUGUAUUUUUCUCUGCUGUUAUUUAUAAUGUAUUGCUCCCUUUUUUAAAUCUCAAAAUUAAAUGUACUCAUUUGUAA